UUUUGCUCCAUGUUGGCUCAGAGGAGAGGAGACGGAGGGAGCGUGAAGACCAGAUGUACCGGGAGCGGCUGCGCACCCUGUUCGUCAUCGCAGUUGUCAUGAGUCUGCUGAACUCUCUCAGCACCAGCGGGGGCAACAUCUCCUGGAGUGACUUUGUCAACGAGAUGCUGGCCAAGGGCGAGGUGCAACGGGUACAGGUGGUGCCCGAGAGCGACGUGGUGGAAGUCUACCUGCAUCCCGGGGCCGUGGUGUUUGGACGGCCUAGGCUGGCCUUGAUGUACCGAAUGCAGGUUGCAAAUAUCGACAAAUUUGAAGAGAAGCUUCGAGCAGCUGAAGAUGAGCUGAAUAUUGAUGGGAAAGACAGGAUCCUGGUCUCCUAUAAGCGUGCUGGCUUCUUUGGAAACGCUCUCUACGCUGUUGGGAUGACAGCAGUGGGCCUGGCCAUCCUGUGGUAUGUUUUCCGCCUGGCUGGCAUGGCAGGAAGGGAAGGCGGAUUCAGCGCUUUUAAUCAGCUAAAAAUGGCUCGUUUCACAAUUGUGGAUGGGAAGAUGGGCAAAGGGGUCAGCUUCAAGGACGUGGCAGGAAUGCAUGAGGCCAAGCUGGAAGUCCGAGAGUUCGUGGACUAUCUGAAGAGCCCGGAGCGCUUCCUGCAGCUUGGCGCUAAGGUCCCAAAGGGGGCACUGCUGCUGGGACCCCCCGGCUGUGGAAAGACACUGCUGGCCAAGGCGGUGGCCACAGAGGCCCAGGUGCCCUUCUUGGCGAUGGCCGGCCCAGAGUUUGUGGAGGUCAUUGGAGGUCUUGGUGCUGCCCGUGUGCGGAGCCUCUUUAAAGAAGCCCGGGCCCGGGCCCCCUGCAUAGUGUACAUUGAUGAGAUCGAUGCUGUGGGCAAGAAGCGCUCGACCACUACUGCUGGUUUCUCCAACACCGAGGAGGAGCAGACACUCAACCAACUGCUAGUGGAGAUGGAUGGAAUGGGCACCACAGACCAUGUCAUCGUCUUGGCCUCCACCAAUCGAGCCGACAUUUUGGACAAUGCUCUGAUGCGGCCAGGCCGGCUUGACCGGCAUGUCUUCAUUGAUCUUCCCACACUGCAGGAGAGGCGGGAGAUCUUUGAGCAGCACCUGAAGAGUCUGAAGCUGACCCAGGCCAGCACCUUCUACUCCCAGCGCCUGGCGGAGCUAACACCAGGGUUCAGUGGUGCAGACAUCGCCAACAUCUGUAAUGAGGCCGCAUUGCAUGCUGCACGGGAGGGGCAUACGUCUGUCCACACCUUCAACUUCGAGUAUGCCGUGGAGCGCGUCCUCGCCGGGACUGCCAAAAAGAGCAAGAUCCUGUCCCAGGAGGAGCAGAAAGUGGUUGCGUUCCACGAAUCAGGUCAUGCCCUGGUAGGCUGGCUCCUGGAGCACACGGAGGCGGUGAUGAAGGUCUCCAUAGCACCGCGGACUAAUGCUGCUCUGGGCUUUGCUCAGAUGCUCCCCAGGGACCAGCAUCUCUUCACCAGGGAACAAUUGUUUGAGCGGAUGUGCAUGGCGCUGGGUGGCCGAGCCUCGGAGGCCAUCGCCUUUAGCAGGGUCACCUCUGGGGCCCAGGAUGACCUGCGGAAAGUCACUCGCAUAGCCUACUCCAUGGUGAAGCAGUUUGGGAUGGCACCUGGCAUCGGGCCCAUCGCCUUCCCUGAAGCACAGGAGGGCUUUGCAGUUGUGGGUCGACGCCCCUUUAGCCAGGGCCUCCAGCAGAUGAUGGAUCACGAAGCAAAGCUGCUGGUAGCCAGGGCCUACAGACACACGGAGAAGGUGCUGCUGGACAACUGGGACAAGCUGCAGGCGCUGGCAAGUGCCCUUCUGGAAAAGGAGGUGAUAAACUACGAGGACAUUGAAGCACUCAUUGGCCCGCCACCGCAUGGCCCUAAGAAGAUGAUUGCCCCACAGAGGUGGAUCGAUGCCCAGAGAGAGAAGCAGGACCCUGGGGAGGAAGCAGAGGCUCCACUGCCCCCACAAGGGGAAGAGCCAUCUUGGCCCAAGUAGUGUGGACGACUUGGGGCAUGAACUCAUUUAGCUACCUGAGUUUCUUCUCAACUGAGAUUCAUCACCUCUUCCAGCUCCAUGAUCUCUCUGUACAUGAUUAGUAAAUUUCUUUGCAAAAAUGA